GUAGCUCCGUAAAAACGAAGCUAGGCGCAACAAAGAAGAAUUUAUUAAGUUGCAGUAUACAUUUCAACGUUUUUCAAACCACAUCAUUGCACAAAUAAUUGUACAUAUGUAUAUAAGCAUUCAGUGUUUCAGAAGUUAUCGUUGAUUAUCGGAUUAAGCGUUAGAAACAUUUAAGAACUGAUUUUAAAAACGGUUCGACAAGCCUAUACGAUGAACACAUCUCAGCCGCUGGGCCAAGGGAUUCCAAAAGAGAAAAGCCAGUUCCAAAAGCGGGACUCAAAACCCAACACCGAGGAAAGGUUUGCCUUCGCAGAAAAUGCUUUAAGGAGCCAGAUUCAAAUAAAGGAACAGUUGCGGCACCAACAACAAUCAACUAUGUAUGCGACGUCACUAGCCAACACUCCAGCUGCCGCAUCAGUUGAAGCACAAUUCCUAAAUCAACCAACAGAAAGACCCAACUACCCGCUGAGGGUGAAUUCUCUCCACCAUAAAAACCUGACCGCAGCUGAAAAACAACAAUCGCAAAUGCAACCACCAAUAUGUAAGUCGCCUAUGGGUAUGGAUGCGUCUUAUUCCAGUUACCAAAACACCAAUGGUAGCAUGGUGUCCAUAAAAAGUGAACAGCAGUUGUGUCAAAUAUACAAUUCGCAGCAACACUCCGAUUACAUUAUUUCGGAUUAUAUGGAUAAAAUUGCUACGCGGAUUAGUUUACUUGAAACAGAGUUAAAGUUUGCUUGGCGUGCAUUGGACUUGCUUUCUACAGAGUAUGGAAAGAUUUGGGUUCGUUUGGAGAAGCUUGAAAACAUAUCAAUAGAACAACAGUCUGUGGUUAGUAAUCUUAUGGACCUUAUCGGAGCAGCAAAUCAAGAACAGCAGCAAAGCGAUUUUGAAGGACUAGACUAUCCUUUAUUUCAGGAUGAAGAUCAAUUGUUACCAUUGGUAAUGAACGAUACUAUGGGAUUAGCCAUGGUCUUAGAGGCCGAGCAAUCUGAUCCUGAUUAUAAUAAAGAACUACAUUUUGGAGAUCAUAAUCACACUGUAGAAACAGAGCUUAAGAAGGUUCGCGACUCUGAUGUAUUUUUAAAUUCAACUUGUGCAUUAAAUUCUAACAACCCUUAUCUUAAUAUUGAUUUGAAUGAUGAAGGAUUGAGCACAGCAACAUCAAAAAGAGAAUCAAGAAUAAAACUUUACUCAGAAUCCAACCUUAUCUUGUAUGAACAGCAGCAAUUUCUGGCAAAUAAUGCACGUGCCGAACUUAUGAAGGAAUUUAUAAAUGGACGUAGAGUUUUAAAUGAGAUUUCGGCAUCCUCUGGUGCAUCCUCUAAAAUCUACAGAAAAUCUGAUAAUGUAACACAGCCAAGAGAAAGACUCAAAAAUAACCAAUCAUGUAUCGAUAUAGAUGAGGAUGACAUAAGACAAACGAGCAACGAACUUGAUAGCCUUAUCGAAGAUGUUAAGUUUUUUCGAUUAGCAGCCUCUAAAACCGGUGAGGGAGGAAACCAAGUAUUACCCAUUGAAGAUACCGGAGGAACGGCAAACACAUCUAAUGUCAAUGAAAUGAACGAAUCCUUUUACAAAAAACUCAACGAGGCAUAUCGUGACAAUGACUUGAGUUCUGAGAUUUGUAAGGUGGAUGCAUUGCUCCAACAGUCUACCCACGAACAAGUUUCAGCAAUCAAUGGCCACUUAGUUUCUUCCUUAGACUGUAAUAAUCAGAAAGAGAACGGUGCUACAAAUGUGAAGGAAACUGCUGAGACCAGUCUCAUGGGGCGGCAGCCAAUCAACAAUUUUAGUAAAGAGUCAAGAAAACAUCGGAAAAAAAAGCAUCAUACAAACGAAAUGGACAUGAUAAAUAAAUUGAAAUGUAUCCUUGCACAAGCACAAUCUUCACAGAUUACUAACAACGAUACUGCUGAACUGGGUACUGAACUCUUUGGAAUGGGUAAUACAAUUGAAGCUGCAGCCGACCAGACACAGAAUGGGUUAGAAAAUCUUCGACCAACUAGUGUCAACUAUAUUAGUGAUGACAUCCGACAAAUUUUGGAUAAUGUAACAGAGACUUUAAUAGAGGAAAUAAACAAAAUUCCAGGUCUUCAAUCGUUAAAUGCAUCACAAAUUAGUCAGCUACGCAACACAGUAUGGUCAGAGGAAAAGUUUUUUCAAAAACUCAGUCAAGUCGAUAAAAAAUUGGCUCUUCUCUUACUUAACCCGAUAACUUUAUCUGAAGAAUUACGAAGGCUUCGCAUUACGAGUUCGAAUGAACAAUUUGUUAUUGUAAUGAAAAAGUUCAAUAAAAAUAUUGACACUUUAAAAAAAUUAGUUGGUAGCUCACUGGACGAUUUUAAAAAGGACAAAGCGCGAGCAAAUACGAUCUCAUCACAAAAUCUCUAUCAAACUCUUACAUCCAAUGGUUGUAGUUUUAGUGCACAUUUAUUGAGAAAUAAUUCGGAUCUAGAUGAACAGCUAAAGAUUCUCGAGACUCAAGAGAUUGAAAUUAACCGCAAAAAGAAAAUAGACCAAAUUGUAAGCGGGCUUGCUGAAGAAGUACACAAACCUUUCACCUCGGAUAUUGAAUAUAAAAGCAAUUACAGUUAUAUAAACUCAACAGAUGAAGAUAGAAGUUUUACAAAAAAUAUUUACAAUGAGGAUGAGUACAUAAAGUCUUUAAAGAAGAGUCUGGAGCGUCACAACAGUAUGAUUUUUCUACUUCAUUUACAAAAUCCUGAGAAACACAAAGUGUCGGCUGAUAUGAAUGAUGCAAUAAUGGAUGCAAGCCGAUCUAGUCAUAGUCCUCCACCACCGGCUCCCAGCGAUAUACUUACCUUAAACGAGGCUGUAAAUCAACUCAGUGGAGAUAUUGACCCACAUCAACAAAAGAAUGCGAAAUCAGAUUCGGGCCUAUCGUCGAUGAGCGGUUGGUCACCCAAUUCCCCAGUAUCAGCUGGAAUUCAAAACUGCAACUUUUUCUGUAAUAACGCCGUAGAGAAAAAAAUGAAAGAUACAUUGCAAACGUACCCUUCAUUGCCUCUAGCUGGAAGUUCAAGUUUUAAUAGUUUACCGGCCAACUAUGAUAAAAUAAAUAUUAGUAAGCAGAAUGAUUACGUUAUAUCAGAAGAAAACUUCAACUAUAUUCAAGAGCUUUCUAAAAAUUUACCCAUUUGCUCUGCUUAUGAAAAUAAGUCAAUCUUUAAUAUGAAUUCUGACAUAAACGAAAUCGAAAAAUGUUCAACAGUUGACGAAAUGCUAGAAUGGGACCAUAUCAAUGAACUAAAUAAAAAAAAAUUUUCAAACGAAAGAUUAAAUUCUGACCGUAUGCCAGACCUGCUGACUAUCCAAGCACAAAAGUCUUCUUUAAAUGAAAAUCAUGAAAUUGCUGAACGGCUACUAAAUGUAAACAUUUCAAAGUACAGCCGUGGUGAAGCAUCUGUGGAUCCUGAAAAAUCGCAGCAUAAAGCCAGCACACCUUAUUUGACAGAUAGGCUUGUAUUCUAUCCGUCAUCCAACUCGAUUACCGAUUACAACAGCAGCAAUAAUUUGGAUUAUUUAGGUCAACAAAAUCAAGUUCGUUUCUUUAAGGAAUCCGGAAAUGUACCAAUUGUUUCACUCCCACCGCUUCAUCUUGAGUCUAAUGCUAACAAUUAUUCCGAAGCUCAGGUGUCUGUUUCUUUUAGCCUAACCAAUUCAAGGCAAUCACAGCACGGCUAUGAAUUUGUUUCUAGUGUAAAUUCUGCCGAUUCAUCUGUCUAUGCUAAAAACCACCAACAGUUUGUAACAAGACAUUCGCCUGCUAAGCCACUAAAGGUGUGGAAUAAGCUAAAUACCCUUUUAAUAGGUAAUCUAAAGCUUAAGCGUACAUCGAAGUUUAAUCGAUCGCAGUCUUUACCCGGUGAUGUGCAAAGUCAAGGCAAUCAAAGACAGCCUCGUGGCCAGGCAGGGUCGUGUCCGUUAAUUUCGCACAAGCGGUCCAACGUAAGCGGAAGCCAGGUUCAAUUAUCCAAAAGAUUACAAAAGCUACCAAUGCGUCUUAUUCGAAGAGCGACAGGAGUCCCAUUCGUGCGGCGGCUGUCCCAUCCCGACUCUCCUGUUUUAUUAGGUUCCGAUUCAGGUGAACCUACUCCAAGUGAUACUGAUACAGACAAAAAGUCACUUUCGUCGAAAAUGAAUAACCUAGUGAAAAGGGCGAAGACUUACAAACGGCACAACUCUCUUCUGCGCCGCGGCUGUAACCUGUCGGACUCUGAAUUAGAUAUGCCGGACUUUACUCCAUCGGAUAACGAUAAAAGCUCUAUAACCGGAAGUAAAAUUUUAAGAAAUCAUUUCGAGGAUGAAGUGGAUGAAGAUUUUGACCAAUCCACCUGUGCCUAUGAGGAUAACAAGGAAUUGGGUGGUUCAAUGGAGGAGUUAAAGGACAGUAUGCCACAUAAUUUGUUUGCUGUUCUAGGCGACCUCAAAAAAGUUCAAAGCCCCACAACAACUAUUGCUGUCUCGGCGACAAUUCCCGUUAAGAACAGUUCCAUUACAAAUAGUAAUAAAAUAAGCACUCUGGAAAAUGUAACCAUUAAAAUGCCAGAGAUUCUCUUGGAGACAAAAUCACAGGCGUGCCUUCAAAAACUGAACUCAGUUUAUGCUGACGACUUUGGCGAUGAGAACGUACUUGGAAACUCGGUCAGCAUGGAUGCGAAUGUCCCCACCCUAAGCAUUCUGGAAACAACUGAAGAUGUCGGGGAUACAGCAUUAAGUACAUUCCUGACAACGCCAACAGCAACAACAACAACAACAGUCCCUCGUAAUCUCAGUUCCAAUGGUGUUUUGUGGGUCACGCAGCAGUGUUUAGACCUUCCAAACAAUACUGGCUAUGGGUCGCGGGAAGAUGACGAUAAUCGAAGCCAGCAUUCUGCUCGCACUCUCUCUUCUUCGCGCAGGCAAAGCACUGAGGAUAGCAUAGACACAGACGACGAAUACUUUUAUUAUGAGCUUCGGCAGCUGGAGGAGCAGGAACAGCGCUGUGCGGAACUUUCUGGAAUUGCAUCUGCCGAAUCGCAUGAUGAUAACGAGGUGCUAUUUUCCCAGAUAGGGCAACUUGUCCAAAACGAUUUUAACGGAGGAGCCCGAUGUCGAUCUGAUGUCUGUGAAAAUGACCUAGAAACUAUUAAUUUUUCUCCAAGUGAAAGUGUGAAGUUACGGAUGUCUGAAGUAUUUAUUGAGCUUAAAAGCGUCGUUAAAUUACAGUCAGACGUAUUUGCUGACGCUGCUGUUAAAGAGUUGGUUGUUGCAAAGGCAGCAGGUGAAAAAUUUGCGGCAGUAUGUGACAUGCAUAGUGCUUGGCAGGACGUAAACGGCGAUUUCCAAGAGACAGCCUCAGAAAUGGAUUCGACUGACGAUGCCGAGAUCGAAAAUAAAAACCAUCGAAAGUUGCGACGAUUAAAGAAAACACGCGAUCGAAAUGUUAAUAUUUCUGACGAUGCAGCCAGUUCAAGUUCGUCAUGCCUUUCUGAAAAUGAAUGUGAACACAAGAGUAAAAAUAGACCUAUUGAUCAUUGUAUUAAUAAAUCCGAUGGAGAAAAGGAUGAAAUAAAUAGACCAAUCAAAUCGACGGCUUCUAGUGAGACAUCUGGACCUGAUACGCCGGCAGAGAUAAGCGAUGUUGAGAUAAGCGAGACAGAAAAUGAUCUGAGAGAUGAUGGAAACCCAUUGCUUGACAAUCCAGAGUUUCUAUUGGAUGUAAAUGAAAAAUCGAAUCCACAAUCUGGAAACAAUUUAAAAAAAGAGGCCCUAGAACCGGCUCAGAGUAAUAUGCAGUCAAUGGAGAAUAUUAAAACCGAACCAGUUCCACCUAACACCCCUAAAAUGUUAAUUAGUCAAGAAUCAGAUUUUGAUGGAUCCCAGGUUAUAGGUAGCAAUGGUGAAGCGGGUCUUGGCAGUAGCAAGUGGAAAUUAUUAAAAACUUUAAAGGAGCGCAAGAUCGAGGAGAAAAAUAAUCAAGAUAAAAUUAAAGAAGAUGAAAUGACCAAGGACAGGGAGAAGAAUGGCGGUGGUACUGGAGAUAUUGGAUUACGUACCAAUGGACAUCCUGGUGACAAUCCUUUCUACAGUAAUAUUGACAGCAUGCCGGAUAUUCGGCCUCGCAGAAAAUCAAUUCCCCUUGUUUCUGAGCUGGUUCUCAAGACAAUGGCUGCUACAAAACGAAAUGCUGGACUUACAUCUGCUGUUCCACGUGCAACGCUUAACGACGAAGAACUGAAAAUGCAUGUAUACAAAAAAGCUCUGCAGGCUCUAAUCUACCCUAUAUCAUCAACUACGCCCCACAACUUUUUAUUAUGGACGGCAACAUCACCUACGUACUGCUACGAAUGUGAGGGUCUUCUGUGGGGGAUAGCGCGACAAGGAGUGAGAUGCACUGAGUGCGGUGUAAAGUGUCAUGAAAAGUGUAAAGACCUGCUGAACGCUGAUUGCCUUCAGCGAGCUGCCGAAAAAAGCUCAAAACACGGUGCAGAGGACAAGGCUAAUUCAAUCAUCACCGCGAUGAAAGAGCGAAUGAAACAACGUGAGCGGGAAAAGCCAGAAAUAUUCGAGUUGAUAAGAGCCGUAUUCAGCGUUGAGGAGAAGAGUCACACUGGUCAUAUGAAGGCUGUCAAACAAAGCGUCCUGGAUGGCACAAGCAAAUGGUCUGCCAAGAUAGCGAUCACAGUGAUUUGUGCUCAAGGCCUGAUAGCGAAGGAUAAAAGCGGUACCAGUGAUCCAUAUGUGACGGUGCAGGUUAGCAAGGUGAAAAAACGAACGCGAACAAUGCCACAGGAACUUAACCCUGUGUGGAACGAGAAGUUUCACUUCGAGUGCCACAACUCCUCAGACCGUAUAAAAGUUCGAGUUUGGGACGAAGAUAAUGAUCUUAAGUCAAAACUUCGUCAGAAACUAACUCGAGAGUCGGACGAUUUUUUGGGCCAAACAAUUAUUGAGGUUCGUACACUUUCUGGCGAAAUGGAUGUUUGGUACAAUUUGGAGAAGCGCACAGAUAAAUCCGCUGUGUCAGGCGCCAUACGGCUUCAUAUAUCUGUUGAAAUAAAGGGCGAGGAGAAGGUAGCUCCUUAUCAUGUACAAUAUACCUGCUUGCACGAGAAUCUGUUUCAUUAUCUUUGUGAAGAAAAUAGCGGAAUGGUUAAGUUGCCAACUCAAAAAGGAGACGAUGCUUGGAAAUUAUAUUUUGAUGAAAUUCCUGAAGAGAUUGUGGACGAGUUUUCUAUGCGGUAUGGAAUCGAGAAUAUUUAUCAAGCUAUGACGCACUUCCAUUGCCUAUCUGCCAAAUACCUGUGUCCCGGAGUACCAGCUGUAAUGAGUACCCUGUUGGCAAAUAUAAACGCGUAUUAUGCUCAUACGACUGCUUCUUCAGCUGUGUCGGCCAGUGAUCGCUUUGCAGCCAGCAAUUUUGGGAAAGAAAAAUUUGUGAAAUUGUUGGACCAGUUGCACAACUCUCUAAGAAUCGAUUUGUCAAUGUACAGAAACAACUUUCCUGCGUCGAGCCCAGAAAAGUUAAUGGAUCUCAAAUCUACAGUCGAUUUAUUGACCAGCAUAACAUUUUUCCGGAUGAAGGUACAAGAACUAUCAAGUCCACCGAGAGCUAGUACGGUUGUCAAAGACUGUGUUAAAGCAUGCCUGAGAUCAACCUACCAGUUCUUAUUUGAGAACUGCUACGAACUUUACAACAGAGAAUUUCAGGUUGACCCCAAUGAAGCAAAACGUGCUCCGGACGAUCAUGAACCUAAACUGGAUAGCGUUGACUUCUGGCACAAGCUAAUAGCUUUAAUCGUAUCGGUUAUAGAUGAAGAUAAGAACAGUUAUGGAGCCGUUUUAAACCAAUUUCCCCAGGAACUAAAUAUUGGCCAGUUAUCAGCAUCCUCCAUGUGGCAUCUUUUCGCUGUCGACAUGAAGUACGCACUUGAAGAGCACGAGCAGCACCGUCUAUGCAAGUCGUCGGCUUAUAUGAAUCUUCACUUUAGAGUUAAAUGGCUAUAUAGUAACUACGUUAAAGAGGUGCCUCCCUACAAAGGUGCCGUCCCCGAUUACCCAGCAUGGUUCGAGCCUUUUGUGAUGCAGUGGCUUAAUGAGAAUGACGAUGUGUCACUGGAAUACCUUCACGGCGCAUUUAAACGUGACAAAAAAGACGGGUUUCAAAAGAGCAGCGAACACGCGCUUUUUUCAAAUUCGGUUGUCGACGUCUUUACGCAAUUGACGCAAUGUUUCGAUGUUGUUAGCAAACUCGAGUGUCCUGAUCCAGAAAUUUGGAAACGUUACAUGAGGCGUUUUGCUAAAACAAUCGUAAAAGUGCUUAUAGCUUAUGCGGAUAUUGUAAAAGUAGAGUUUCCAGAUCAUAUGAAGGAUGAAAGAAUUGCUUGCAUACUUAUGAACAAUAUUCAACAACUAAGGGUGCAAUUGGAAAAAAUGUUUGAGUCUAUGGGAGGAGAUAAGCUAGAGGAGGAUGCAGCCAAUAUUUUGAAAGAGCUUCAACAGAAUCUUAACUCGGCGUUGGACGAUUUGGCAUCACAAUUUGCUAUCAGUUUGGAGCCACGGAUAACUCAGUCGGUGAGAGAACUAGGUGACAUGCUGCUUUCUAUUAAGGGAGGUAGUGGAACUCUGGCGGCUGGUAACCUAGCAGCCCAAAGGAACGCCGUCGCCGUUGAAGCAGAUGAAGUUUUAAGACCGCUCAUGGAUUUGCUCGAUGGUUCUUUAACACUUUAUGCACAGUCAUGUGAAAAAACAGUACUGAAGCGAUUACUAAAAGAGCUAUGGAAAAUCGUAAUGCGAAUAUUAGAGAAAACCAUUGUUCUACCACCAAUGACUGAUAAAACCAUGAUGUUUAAACACCUUACUGAUAAUGCCAAAAAUUUAGCAUCCAAUGCAAAAAUUGAAGACAUGGGAAGAUUGUUCAAGUCGCAUAUGGCAGGCAAACAAGAUGUCAAAAGUGCCCUUAGCGGUGUAAUGGACAUAUCGAAGGAAGUCGAAAAAAAUUUGUCACCAAAACAAUGUGCCGUUCUUGACGUUGCCUUAGAUACAAUAAAACAAUAUUUCCACGCCGGUGGCAAUGGACUGAAAAAGACAUUUCUAGAAAAAUCCUCCGAACUGCAAAGUCUACGUUACGCUCUCAGUUUAUAUACGCAAAUGACCGACACCCUAAUCAAAACGUUUAUAUCUAGCCAAGUCCACGAGGUUGAUCCUGAAAACGCAGAGGAAAGUGUCGGUGAAAUUUCUGUGCAAAUAGACUUGUUUUCCCAUCCUGGUACUGGCGAACAUAAAGUGAAUGUGAAAGUCGUUGCUGCUAAUGAUCUUAAAUGGCAAAUACCGUCAGGAAUGUUUCGUCCAUUUGUUGACAUUAAUCUAAUCGGACCACACCUGCAAGAAAAAAAACGAAAAUUCGCUACAAAGUCAAAAUCCAACAACUGGUCACCCAAAUACAACGAAUCUUUUAGCUUCACCAUUGGAAAUGAAGAGCAGCUAGACUUCUUUGAGUUGCACAUUUGCGUUAAGGACUAUUGUUUUGCACGUGACGAUAGACUUGUAGGCGUUGCUGUAAUUCCACUAAAAGAUAUAUCGGAAAAGGGCUCCGUCGCAUGCUGGUUACCUUUAAUGAGGCGUAUUGAAAUGGACGAGACGGGUUGGACCAUUUUACGAAUCUUGUCACAACGUAAUAAUGAUGAAGUAGCCAAGGAAUUUGUUAAGCUAAAAUCGGAAAUAAGGCAGGAGCCAACAAUGGGCACCUAAGUAUGGCAUCCCGUACUACCCAAUCUCUAGAACUACACCAACAAUGUUAAAUAUUACAAAAAUUUAAUUUUACAGAACAACUUUACCUUUAUUUAUUUUAUUUAAUUUUUUUAUUAUGAACAGCUUUCUCAUAUAAAAAAAGUCAUACACAAAUUAUAAAAUAUAGUUAUAAUUCCUCAAUCUUUGAAAACUAUGUAUGUUAUAAAAGAAAGGCUCUGUAACGUUUAGAUUUUUAUCGUGAAUCUGUCACGUUUAAGAAAUGGCCCACACCAAAUAUCCAACGUUUAUUUAAAUUCGCAAUCACACACAAAAAUGAUCAUGCUACCUUCUGGCAAUACAUAUUUAUGUACGUCUCUACAUUUGUACAUAAUGCUGUCCAGUUGCAGACAUAUUUCAUUUUGAAAUUCAUUUUUCAUAUGUAUAUUUAAAACUCACUAAACGCACAUUCCUAUUUGUGUAAAUAAGUACCUGUACAAAUAUUAAUUGGAAUUUCUCGAAAACAUUUGUUAAAGAUACAUACUUCACAAAAAAUCUAAGUCCAUGUGAAUUUUUAUUUUUUUCUAUUGCAAUAAAAUUAAAAUAGUAGUUAAAAUGUCAAAAUAAAUAUCAACACUUCAUCAUA